AUGGCAUCGAAAAAACAGAAAAAAGGCAAAACAAUGCCAUUGACUGAUUUUCUGGCUGCUGAACCAAAAUUAGUUACUGUUCGAGCAACAAAUUGGUCAGAAAUAGUCGAUAGUGAAGAACAAGAAGUAAAACCUAUUGUUGUUGAUAUUGGUGUUUUACCAACAGCUCCUCGUAGUGCCCAUGAUUUUGAUUUUAGUACUGUACCAAAUAAUCCCCCCUUUGUUGCACAUGUUGCUAAUUUAUCAUUUGAAGUUGAUGAUGAAGGUCUAAGAAGAAUAUUUGCUGAUUUAAAUCCAAAAACAGCUAGAGUACUGCGAGAUGGUAUGCGUAGUCGAGGUCUUGGUUUAGUUGAAUUUGAAACACGUGAAAAUUUAAUUGAAGCGUUGAAAAAAUCCGAUAAAGAAGUCUAUGGACGUAAAAUACGUAUUAAUGUUUCGGAUAAAAAUGAUUCACAUACAGAUAGUGGACGAGGAACAUUUGGUAGUAAUCGAUCACAUCGUAGUGGUGGUGGUGAAGAACGACCAGAAAUGGCUGAUAGAUGGAAAAGAGCUGAACCCCGACCUGAUGAAACAUCUGAUGAUCGUCCAAGUAGUGGUUUCAAUCGUGAUAGACAAAAUCGUGGAGAUCAUGGACGAUCGACUAUGGGUGGUAGUUCACGAGAUAAUCAACAAGGUAAUGAUUAUGGAUUUGGUUAUCCACGUACGAGAGACGAUCGUGGAGGUGGAGGUGGAGGUGGUAAUCGUGAUUAUAAUCGACAAGGACAACGUAAUCGUUAUCAAGAUGAUACAAAUCGAUCGAAUAGUGGAGCCGAUAGACCUCGUUAUGCAGGUCGAUACAGUGAUACACGUGAUACACGUGAUCGAAAUCGUCCCAGUGAUGAUACUCAUGAUGAUCAACAAGAACCACCACGUGAACGUCAACGACUUCAACUUCAAAAACGUACAAAACCACUUGAAGAAAAUCAACCAUUAUCUGGUUCAUCAUCAUCUCUUAAUAAUAUUAUUGAAUCAUCAAUAUCAAACCCGGAUGAAGCAUCAUCUGCAAUAACAAAUAAAUCUAUUCAACAAACACAAGAUUUAUCAAUCAAUGAAAAUCAGGAUGAAAGUGAACAACAACAAUCACGAGAUUCAAAUGAUAAUACUUCUCGAGCUAAUACAUCUGAUGAACAAUCAACAGCAAAACCAAGCCGUGGUGCUGGUGCUUCUAUAUUUGGUGGAGCUAAACCGGUGGAUACAACUGCUAGAGAGCUUGAAAUUGAAAGAAAAAUAAAAGAACUUCAAAUGACUACAACUGAAACAUCGGCUGAUAAUGAAGAUAAAGGAACUUCAUCUAGGCCAUCAUAUAAUCGUGGUAGUGAACGAGAUGUUUAUCGUAGUAAACGUUCAACACAAAAUGAUGAUGGUCGAUCUGGUCAUGGUGUAGAUUAUCAUCAUAAACGGGAAUUUAGUGGUGGCCGACAAUAUGAAGAUGAGGGUAGAAGACGUAAUGAUGAUAAUUAUCGUCGUGGUGGUGGUAGUGGUAGUGGUAGUGGUGGUGGUGGUCAUGAUCGAGAUCGAUAUGGUGGUCCAUCUCGACGUGAUUAUGAUUCUGGUCGUAAAGGCAAAUAUAAUCAUCACAGUCAACCAGAGCGAGAUAAUGAACGUGGUAAUUAUCGACCUCGUGAUCGUGAUGAUCGUAAUCAAGAUACAAAUGAAUAUAAUAAUCCUGGACGUUCAUCAAAUACUAACGUUAAUACUGAACCACAAUCUCGAAAUCAACCACGAGGAACAGCACGACGGACAGUUAAAACUGAAGAUGAUUCACAAAAACUUCAAUUAUCGAAUAAAUUUGGUAUGCUUGAUGAUGAUGAACUCGAUGAUGAAAAUGAUGAUGCUAAAAGUCCAACUAUUGAUGACUAA